AUGAUGCAAUCUGAGCUGCUUCAACUUUCAUGGCCAUCUUUCACCAACUUAAAUUCAUCUUUUGAUGAAGAUAAAGCUUAUAUACUUGAUAACAUGGAUGCUCAUAUGGGUCACUCUGAUUUCUCCAUAUUCUCUGAUGAGUUCAUUGAUUUUCCAGUUCAUGUUGAUGAACUGGAUUUCAUGUUACCAAAGGAUGAUUUCUCAUCAGAUUUUGAGGAAUUUGAGAACACGUUUUCGAGUGGUGAGAUUGGAGAAAUGGCUACAUCUUUGGAGAGUGAAGAAACUCCUUUUCAACUACCAUUUGGUGGAGAAGAUCAAUGGAGCCUUAGCCAAUCCUCAAAUUCAAGUGUCACAUCAAUGGACGUGGCGUUGAGCCAACUAUCAUUGAUCUUGCCUACUGAUGACAUGGAGAUUGAUAAUUCCCUCGGUUUAGUUCAUCUGGUUCAAGCUUAUGGAGAAGCGAUGGAGAAGGAUCAGAUAGAGCUCGUAGAAGUAAUCAUGAAAAGCAUUGGUGAGAAAGUUAGCCCAGUGGGUGAAAUCGUGGAGCGUCUUUUGUAUUACUUGUUCCAACCUUCUGAUAAGCAAUCAGACUACCUCAAACAAGAAUCUUCCAAGAACUUCCAUGCAGCUUUCAAGGCAUUCUACCAAAUAUUCCCAUAUGGGAAGUUUGCACAUUUUGCAGCUAACUUGGCAAUCCUUGAGGCCAUUCCUCCUGAUGUGGAGAUCAUACACAUCGUUGAUUUUGACAUUGGGGAGGGGACCCAAUGGUCUUCAGUGAUCGAGGCCAUUGGAUGUCAGCAGAGGGAGAUCAGGCUAACAUCUAUAAAAUGGACCAAGGGGGAUUCAAAUCAUGAUCAUACGUCGGGAUGGAGGUUUGAUGAGACAAAAAGGCGGCUCCUUGAUCACGCCUCCUAUUUUGGGCUUACUUUGAAGGUGGAGGAGAUGGAAUUGCAUAAUUUGGAAAGUGAGAUGAAGAACAUGAAGAAGAGGGGUGGGAGGAGAGAAUGGUGGGCCUUUAAUUGCAUGGUAGGGCUUCCACAUAUGGGGAGGGUGAGAAGUAGGAGGCAAGUAAUGGAGUUUCUAAAGGUGGCCAAGGAAGUGUUGUCAAUCCAAACUCCAAAUUGUAAUAGUAGUACCAAGGGUAUUAUGACUUUUGGUGAUGCAGAUGGUUGGGAGAUUUUGAAAAAAGCCUCUAGCUUUGGUUCAUUUUUGGAUGGGUAUGUGGUACAUUACCAAGCUCUGUUAGAAUCAAUGGAGAGUACUUUCCCAAUUCAAUUUGGAGAUGCGAGAAUUGCCUUGGAAUGCCUUUUUGUGGCACCAUUUGUGUCUUCUCUUUCAUGGAUUCAGAGAUGGCACGAGAGGGAAGAGUUGUGUGAUUUUCAGAAAAGUUAUAAUGGAUUGGUGGGUUGGAGAGUGAGCAAAGAAAGCUUGAUGGAAGCCAAGGAAAUGGUGAGAGAAGGGGUAAGUCUCUAUGGAGUGGUGGUUGAAGGUGACAACAACAAUGAGAUGAUCUUGGAAUGGAGAGGAGUUCCAUUAGUGAGAGUUUCUUUUUGGAGAAAUUAG